GCACCUCGUCGUUCCCUCCAACUUUUUUUCUUUAUUUUACGAUUAGUUUUCUUAUUAAAGUUUUCCUGCGUGAAGGAGAAGGAAAUAGUAAGCCACCAACACCUGUUUUGAAGGUUGACGACAGACAGACAGUAGACAAAACAACGAUGAAAGACCUGGUGGUGGUGAUAAUGGUGGGGGUUACAGUGUUCUCCUGUCAACCAACAAAUGGAGCCAACCUGUUCACCGCCUUCUCUCGGAGUUUCGGCCCGACGGAACCAGUGACUUUUACUACAGUCCGCCGUGCUGGGGAUUACGAAGAGAGACUGUACCAAGCUAAAUUCUGGGCGUGUACAGAGCACCAUGGAGCACAGUACACCAUCGAUGACAAAUUGGAGUUGUUCUAUCGCCUCUUUGCCUACAUUGGUGGCAAGAAUUCAAAGGGAGAAAAACUGGUGCUGGGGAUUCCUGUAUCAAUAGAGCACAACAUUAGUGACGAAGAACACAUUUUCAACGCCUGCUUCUUCAUCCCAGAGGCUGCCCAGGCUGACCCACCUACACCCACUGAUCCCAAUGUCCAUAUAACACUUCGCCCUCAGAUGACCAUCCUCACCAGACGCCUUGGGGGGUACGCUACAGACGAGACUACCUGGAACACAGAGACGGAGAAACUAACAAGCAUUAUAACAGCAGCUGGUGAACAUGUUAUUCCCAACCACGUCUUCUGGAACGCCUACGACCCUCCCUUCAAAUUCUGGAAUCGUAGGAAUGAAGUUUGGUUGGUGAAGGAAUAACAAUGGACCUAUGCAAGAAUUCUGGAAUACCUGGAAUAUACAAAGACUCCACUGGUACAGGGGAUAAUGCGGGUAUCUUUCAUACUAUGUCCUGGGGAAGGUGUUAUCCAGUGUGACAAUUAUCAAUAAUGGCAGGUUUUAUCCAGAUCAUAACAGAUUAAAAAAAAAAAAGUAAUAUUGAAUAGACUAUAGUUAAGUGGUAGUUAUAGUUAGCCAAGUGAGUAAUGAUGUUAGUCAAUUAUGAGAGAAAAUACAAUGGGUUGUCAAAAUCAUACGUUGUUAUAUUGUCAGAUUAUCGAGAUAUUUUGGGGUCAUAUGCAUCCUGAGGUAUAGUUUGUAAUGCUGUCUCCCCCAAAUCCAGCUCCAUUGUUUUGAAAUAUGAUGAAUACUUUCCAUGACUGAAACUAAGAAUCUGCCCUACUAAUUUACUCAUGUUAAAAGUAUACAAACAACAAAAGAGCAUCAACAUUACACUGAGAGACUACUGUAACUUUAUACCUCCACUAAACAAUGAGACUACCUUAACUAGACACCCUCAGUGAAGGUAUCUAGUUAAGGUCGAGUCUUGAGUGUAAUUCUAAAGCCUUUUUUGGGAAUUACCUGUAACUUUUGUAUUCUAUCACGUCAGCCAGUUGACUCGAGGAACCCGUUUAGCUGUACAAUACAUGUUCUAAUAACAAUGAGAAAAUAUAACCUAACUAUCUUUGAGAUUCUUGGCCCAUAAAUUUCAACAAAACCCACAUAAAUUUUUAUGAACAUAUAAUAUUACUUUUGGUCAAAUAUAUAAGAAACUACUGGA